AGCUGGGAGACUCGCUUUACACCAAGAUGGCGUUAAGCAAGCAACACGAAGCACUAAACGAGGAAGACGUAAAUCGAGUUUCUCCGACAAUAAAAUUUAAUAUUGGCGGCCAUUACUUCACCACAACUCGUGAAACACUGACCAAAGAUCCAAACUCAAGGCUGGCCUCAAUGCUCUCAGGGACACUUGACUUGAAACCUGCCGAAGACGGCGCUUUCUUUUUCGACCGAGAUGGAACUCACUUUCGGUUUAUACUAAAUUAUCUUCGCGAUGGGAAGAUUAUAGUACCAGAAGGAGCAACAGCCUUCAGACAACUGCUGGAGGAAGCGAAAUUUUACCAGAUCAAGGGGUUAUCAGACGAAUUAAAUUCGGUGUGGUCACAGACAGAACGAAGGGUUAGAAUCAAUGUCGGCGGUCAUUACUUCACCACAACUCGUCAAACACUGAUCAAAGAUCCAAACUCAAUGCUGAACAGGAUGUUCUCAGAGAAAUUUAACCAGAAACCUGGUGUUGACGGCGCCUUCUUUAUAGACCGCGAUGGAACUCACUUUCGAUUCAUACUCAAUUUUCUCCGGACUGGGAAAUUAACUUUUCCAGAAGGAGAAACAGCCAUCAAAGAACUACUGAAAGAGGCUGAAUUUUAUCAGAUCCAGGGGAUACUUGAUGAAUUACAUUUUAACUCCGAAAUUGUAACGGAUAACGAACACCGAAAGAAGUUGUUACAGUGGCUGCCCCCUCAAGAUACACAGGAGAGGCGUAGGCGCCUUCGUCUGCUGUUCCGCGCUUCUCAAGAUGGCUUUAUGGCGGAAACAUUUCACUCUAAGUGCGACAAUAAAGGGCCCACGAUCACUAUUGUUCAGAGUGGGGACAACAUAUUUGGUGGAUUCACUGAAGAGUCUUGGGGCAGCCAUGGAAAUUACACGAGACGUACAGAAGCAUUCUUGUUCAGCAUGGUCAGCCCAAGUGGCACAGAACCGACUAAAAUGCCACUUAAGCGAGAAAGUCAGUACGCCAUUUGCUGCAGAGGUGACUAUGGACCAACGUUCGGGUUGGGAAGGGAUGGGCAUGACCUGCACAUCUCAGGCAAAGCAAACAUAUUUACUUCAAGUUCAGUUUGUCUCGGUGAAACUUACAAUAACCCAACUUAUAAUGACGCGGAAUCCAACGCUGAUUUGUUCUUCACGGGGGAAACUCGUUUUCACGUGACCAAUUACGAAGUGUUUGAACUUGUGAACUGAUUAAUAUUCUGUUAAACGGACAUUUAAUGCGUUUUUUGGGCGACUAAAAUUAGAUCGGGCACCUUCAAGUAAUUGAUUAUCAAACGAAAUCGGUAAAGGAGGAAAAUCUUGAUUAAAAAAAAAGGAAAUAAAAAGAAAAAGA